AGAGCGGGAGCUGGUUCAAACCGUGUAGCUAUGUAGCUAUAUACGCACAAACAAGACCUACAGGCGAAAUAUACAAGAGUAUGGCUUGUGGAUUCACAUAAAAAUUUAGGUAUCAAGACAAUAUUUCUUAUUACAAGAUGACCUCUGAGACCCCUGGAGUUGACAAUAGCAUAGAAGUUAUAUUGACUGAAAGAACUACUUGCAUUCAAGAAGACAGUAGUAAGAGUAAUAAUAAGAAAUUUGCAGAGCAAGGUUUAGACAAUAAAGAUAAAGUUUCUGAUCAUACUGAAUUCACAGAAGAAUAUGAGGUGAGAGAAAACAGAACUUGUGUUAAUAAAAGUCAAUUACAAUCUCCUAAUACAAGUCCUAAAAAUAUUACCUCUUCUUCAAAAAAGAAAAGAAAAGCUGUUAUUGAUAGUAGUGACAGUGAAAGUGAUGCUGAUUCUUGUAAUGUAAAUAAUAAUAUAAAGAAAAACGAUGUUCCUUAUGAAAAGAAAGGUAACAGUGAGACAGAAGAGGGGUUAAGUACCAACAGAAUCAAGAAAAACUUUUUUAUUGAUAGUAGUGACAGUGAAAGUGAGUCUGGUAACGUAAGUAAUAAUAUAAAGAAAAGGGAUGUUUCAGAUGAAAUUAAAAGUAAAAAUAAGGCAGAAGAGAAGCUAACCACCAGCCGAAUCAAGAAAAACUGCCUUAUUGGCAGUAGUGACAGUGAAAGUGAUGACGAUAUAUCACAUAAAAAAGAAGUUAAAUCAUUUAUUGGAGAAAAUAGACAUGACAGUGGUGAUGAUGUUACAAGAAUUUUGAAAAACAAAUUAGGUGAUAACGCUGACAAUGAAAAUGAUAAAUCGAAGUCUCCAAAAAAUAAAUUUAAGAAAAAGAGACCAAUUCUAGAUAGUAGUGAUAACAACAGUGACAGUGAUGAGGAUGAUUCUGUAAAGAAAUCAACAGAAGAAAAAGAUAAAAGAGAUAGUUCUGGUGAAAGUGGGAGUGACUCUGGUUGUGAUGACCAUGUGACAACUGAGAGUGAAAAGAAGGAGAAAGAAAGACCUAAAAGAUUCUCCAAAACAAUGGCAAUGCAGACAACGAGUGAGCAGCAGAGGUUAAAACGGGAACAGACCAUCAACCUCCCAUGCCAUACUCCAACCACAAAACCAUUGACUGAGUUUUUAAAACGUGUUCCCCAAUUGAAAAAAAACACACCAGAUUGGAAAAGAAAGGAAAAGACAACAUCCAAACAGUUGCCAAAGAGUGAGGAAAGAAAAUCCAACUUUCAGAAGCUCUUUGAACAUAAACCCAGACUUAGCUUACCUGGAAAUGAAAUUGAAUUUAAUAUUGAAGGAACUGAAAAGUCACAACAAAGGUCCAAGGGACUUGAUUCACUGAUGAAGAGAUUUGCUAAACACACAAAUGUAAAGAAACAUAAUAAUAAAAAAUCAGUCACUAUUGAAGAUCCUGACGUCACUAAUUCAGGUGGGAGUCGUGCAAUUAUUCUGGAGAAGUUGAAGAGUGAAAUGAGAAAGAAAAGACAGGAAAACCACCUUGAGAUGGAGCGACAAGUGAAAUUCUAUGAAGAAGAAAGUUACAUGGAAGAUGCUGAAGAUCAGUCAGACGAGGAAAAUUCAGACGCUGACAGUAAUAAUGAGAAUGGUGAAGAGAAUAAUGAUUCUGAAGUUGAGCAUGCAGAAGCAAAUGAUGAUACUAAUAAAGACCAUGGAGAGAAUAAGAAAGAAGACGAAAAAAUGAAAAAAGAUGAUGCAAAACUUGCAAGGCCAUUUAAUAGAGACAAUGACACAUCACCUGUAUUCGAGGUUCCACAGCUUUUACAAAAUGAAAACAAUGUAGAGAAGGACGAGAACCUUAAUUGGGAAGACAGUUCCAGCACUAUGUCAAGCAUUUUGCAUCCUGGCCAAGGUGAUCCUACGGGAAGGAGAAUAGAAAAUAGUGACGGGAGGUUAACACCAUUCAGUAAGCUUUUAAAAAGUGGUUUGUUAGAUUCUGCAUCAAAAAGUCAUCAGGAGCAAAGUAAUGAAAUACCUAGCUUAUCCUUGCCAUGUGAAAAUACACAGGACUUGUUUAUGGAAAGCAAAGAAGAAAAAGAAGACUAUGAGGACGAACCUGAUAUUUCCCAACACUUCCAUCUUGCGUUAGAUGAAGAUACACAGUUUGGUCAAGUACUUGAUUCCCAAGGUUUUAUACACGAUAAUAAAUCCAAGAAGAAACCACAGAAAAAACUUUUUGAUGACGGUGAACUAAAAAUGGACAGCCAAUUUUCAAUGACGCAGGUGUUAGGGUUUUGUUCUGGUCAGUUUACUGCGAAGGAGGAUGAGAAGAUGGAAAGUGACGACAAAAAGGAUGUUUUGGAAGGCGAAGAGACAAAAUUUUAUGAUCAGGAGCAAGACGAGAAGGAAAGUAGAAACGAUGAAAAAAGGUCUAUAGAAGAUAUCUUCCCCAGGCUAUUAGAGAAUAGUGUUGCUACUGGUAAUAAAAAUGACAACGAAGAUGACACUGGUAGUGAAAAAGGUGACGAAGAAGAUGCAGUUGAGGAGGGUGAUGAUGUCGAAGACAAUGUGGAGGAGAGUGGUAAUGAAAGUGAAGACGCAGAUGACGAAGAGGAAGAGGGGGUUGAGAAUCGGACUGAAGAAAAUAAAGACGAGGAACAAAAUGAUAAUGAGGAAUUUGAGUGUGAAGAAGUUGACGACGCUGUGAAAAAGGGUAAAACCUGGCAGAAGAAGUUGUUUUACGAAGAAGAAGCAGAACUUUCUGGAAGUGAUAUAGGAUCGGAAGACGAAGAACUCGGCAGUGAAUAUGACGAGUAUGAGGUUGACAGUGACGCAGAAAAUAUUCCGACAACGGAGAAAUUAAAGAAACAGGUCCAUCGUAUUCAUCAACGGAAAAUGAUGGACCAAGACAAGAGAGAGGUUCGCUUACUUCAAGAGCUUUAUUUCGAAGACGGUGAUUUGGGAGAGGGAAAUAGAAGAAAAAGAAAUUUCCGUUGGCGUAAUAGUGAUGUUGGUUUUGGAAAGGAUGGUGAGCACAAGCUCUCCGAUGAAGAAAAUGAAGAACCCCUGACGGAGAUUGACAUUAAGCAGAGAAUGGAGAGAAUUGAAAGAGAAAACUUCAUUCAGCAACAGGAGCAUUCGCAGAAAGUGGAAGUUCUGGAUGAAUGUAGUCAAAUGAUUUUGGAGAAAAUCAUCUCCGAGGACAAACCUAGCACACCUAGUUUUGUUGAACCACGCAAAAAAAAUCGCUCCCUGUCGAACACAAAGCCACAAGGAAUAAAACGAUCGGGGUCUUUCAUCGGCAGUCACAAGGCUUCACAAGAAGUUAUUCUAAAUACUGGCGCCAUUAUCAACACCAAACCUGGUAAAUCAUUUGUUUUCCAGACAGCCGAAGCCUUGAAAACACAAUCGAAGAGUCGCAAGAAUAAGGUUGCGGACGACGAAUCUUUCGUGGAGCCGCCUCGCAAAAUAACCAAACUAUCGCAACACGAACUACCGAAACGUUCGAAGAGUAUUUUCAAACUAAUGUAAAGAGUGUAUUCCGGUAGCAUUCGUAUCUACCAGGCCUAUGGUUUGUUUUGCACAAAGUGCGUGUGGCUACAAAUUGAGAAAUUCCGUCAUUGCAAAGUCAUUCGCGUCAGAGAACAAAAAUGUGGACACUAUAAAUUCUCACAGAAUGCGUCAACGCAAAUGUAUAUAUGCAGUUUUGUUAUAAAUUAUUUUUACUUUAUACGAUAUGUGUUUAAUAGCUGCAACAAUGGGUGCUAAAUUACGUGUUAGAAUUAUGUAUGUUACCUCACCCUAUUGUUCUUUCUUGCCUUACUUUAACAUUGGCAACAAUAUAUGCUUAAAUCUCUUCUACUGUAUGGUUUUCUAAAUUUCUAAGAACUUUGUGCAUAAGCAGUAAAUAAAAACAACAAAGUCAAUCGCGACGUACGCUUGUUCAGAGAAACGUAUGUAGACCAAGCGGUCCCCUAAAAAGUUGAUCUACAUGUGGUCUUAUAUUUCUCAUUUAGCCCAGAACCCAUGGAUCACAGUCGUUUUUGUGAUAUGAUUGAGCUAACUUUUUUGUGGGUUUUGUGUAAAAAAUUAUGAUAUUUGCGAUAUAAGCAAAUAAAAUUGUAGAAUGUAUAAUGUUUUUAUAAAUACAUAAA